AUGGGUCGCACCAAUGCGCGCAGCAUCAAUACUAGCGAUCCAGAGAAGCUCCGGUUGAACAUGGGCGCACCGCCCGACAAGAAGUUCUCUGUACCGCAGAUUGGCAUGCCCAAGCAACUGCAGAGGAUAUUACCCGCCUGCGUGGCCGUGAUACUCUUCCUCUUUUUCUUUUCCGGCUCCUUUCGAAAUGUCAACUCGCAGAUGUGGCAGAAGAAGCAGCCACACUUCCCGCGGAAGAUCUGGCAGACGUGGAAAGUCGACCCGAUGCGAUUCGAGGAGCGAGAUCACAACACCGCCCAGACGUGGAUCCAGAAGAACCCCGAAUACCGAUACGAGGUCCUGACAGAUCAGAACGACAUGGCCUACGUCGAGACGCACUUUGGACCCGACGGCCUCAACCGACCCGACAUCGUCUUCAUGUACCGCGAGCUGACCGCGCGUAUCAUCAAGGCCGAUCUGCUGCGGUACAUGAUCAUGUACGUCGAGGGCGGCAUCUACACCGACAUCGACGUCGAAGCGCUCAAGCCCGCCGACCACUUCAUUCCUUCGCGAUGGGCCGAGAAAGAUGUGGAGAUGGUGGUUGGCGUGGAGAUUGACCAGCCAGACUUCAAGGACCAUCCAGUCCUGGGCUCCAAGAGCAUGUCAUUCUGCCAGUGGACAUUCAUGUGCAAACCGAGACUGCCCGUCAUGCUCCAUCUGAUCGAGCACAUCAUGCUGUGGCUGCGUAACGUAGCAUUGGAGCAGAACAAGCCUGUCUCGGAAAUCGAGCUGGACUUCGACCAGGUCAUCAGCGGCACCGGUCCUUCCGCCUUCACGCGGGCCAUCCUGGACGACAUGUCCGUUCGCAUUGGCCGUCCGGUCACCUGGGACGAGUUCCACGAUAUCAACGAGUCCAAGCUCGUAGGCGGCGUUCUGGUACUGACUGUCGAGGCAUUCGCUGCAGGCCAAGGCCAUUCUGAUUCCGGCACCCACGAAGGUCGGCAAGCGCUCGUGAAGCACCACUACCACGCUUCCGGCUGGCCCACCGCCCAUCCCCGAUUCAACCACCCCAUGUACGGCGAGGUCGAGCGCUGCAAUUGGGACCCGGAGUGCGUGCGGAAAUGGGACGAGGAUACCGCGGCGUGGGAGCACCGAUCGCCGGAGGAGAAGAUGAAGAUGCUCGAAGAGGCGCGUGUUGAAGCCGAAAAGGCUCAGAAAGAAGCGGAAAAGGCGCAAAAGGAGGCGGAAGAGAAAGAAGCCAAGGCGCGCGAGGAGCAAGAACGGAAAGACAGGGAGAAGGAGGCGGAGACAGGCGAGGAAGAGGAAGGAUGA